AUAGACGUUGCUGUUCAGCUGACAGUUUGAACCGCAGUACAGGGAGGAAGAGGGUUUAGGGCUUUAUCACACAGAAAUCUCCGAUGGAAGCUCUAGGUCAUGUCGCCGUUGGUCUCUGCUCGCUCCGGAAACCCCGACAGCGGCCUCCUAUGUCGCCGGCCAAGCUCCGCCGCCGCCACUCCGCAACCACUCUCUGUUCCGCGAGCAAAUGGGCCGAUCGUCUUCUGUCCGACUUCAAUUUUACGACAGAUUCCUCCUCCUCCUCCUCCUCCUCAGUCGCCACCGCCACUCUCGCUGCUCCACCGCCAUCGCUUGCUCCUCCCGACCGCCACAUUCCGAUCCCCAUCGACUUCUACCAGGUGUUGGGAGCGGAGAUGCAUUUCUUGACUGAUGGAAUCAGAAGAGCAUACGAAUCUAGGGUUUCGAAGCCGCCUCAAUUUGGGUUCAGCGAUGACGCGUUGAUCAGCCGGAGACAGUUUCUUCAAGCUGCUUGUGAAACUCUUUCGAACCCUCGGUCUCGCAGAGAAUACAAUCAGGGCCUUCUGGAUGACGAGGAAGAUACUAUCAUCACUGAGGUCCCAUGGGACAAGGUUCCUGGGGCUCUCUGUGUCUUGCAAGAAGCUGGUGAGACUGAGGUUGUGCUUCGGAUCGGAGAGGCCCUGCUAAAUGAGAGGUUGCCCAAGUCGUUUAAGCAAGAUGUGGUUUUAGUUAUGGCGCUUGCGUUCGUGGACGUAUCGAGGGAUGCAAUGGCAUUGGAUCCACCUGAUUUUAUUAUUGGCUAUGAGUUUCUUGAGCGAGCUUUGAAGCUUUUGCAGGAGGAAGGAGCAAGCAAUCUCGCAACGGAUUUGCGUGCACAAAUUGAUGAAACCCUGGAAGAGAUUACCCCACGUUAUGUCCUGGAGCUUCUGGGCUUUCCGCUUGGGGAAGAAUAUCGUGGGAAAAGGUUAGAUGGUUUACGUGAUGUGCGUAAUAUUUUGUGGUCUGUUGGAGGUGGAGGAGCAUCAGCUAUUGUAGGGGGUUUAACGCGUGAAAAAUUCAUGAACGAGGCCUUUUCGCGUAUGACAGCAGCUGAACAGGUUGACCUUUUUGUAGCCACACCGAGCAAUAUUCCAGCGGAGUCUUUUGAAGUUUAUGAGGUGGCACUUGCCCUGGUGGCUCAGGCUUUUAUAGGUAAGAAACCGCACCUUAUACAAGAUGCUGACAAGCAGUUCCAGCAACUUCAGCAGGCUAGGGCAAUGGCCUUAGAGAGUCCUGCUUUGCUAUAUGCGCCAAGAGAUAACUGGGAGAUGGACUUUGCUCUGGAGAGGGGCCUUUGCGCAUUGCUUAUAGGAAAAGUGGAUGAAUGCCGUACGUGGUUGGGCUUAGACAGCGAGGUGUCACCAUACAGAAAUCCAUCCAUUGUAGAGUUUGUUAUGGAUAAUUCAAACCAUGAUGAUGACCAUGAUCUCCCUGGACUCUGCAAAUUGUUGGAAACCUGGUUGGCAGGGGUUGUUUUCCCGAGAUUCAGGGACAGCAAAGACAAAAAUUUUAAACUUGGGGAUUACUAUGAUGAUCCUAUGGUCCUGAGUUAUUUGGAAAGAGUAGAGGUAGUUCAGGGUUCUCCUUUAGCUGCAGCAGCAGCCAUGGCUAGGAUUGGUGCUGAGCAUGUGAAGGCUAGUGCGAUUCAGGCUCUACAAAAAGUUUUUCCUCCCCGCGAAGUGGAUGGAAUCUCGGGUACACACAAGGAGGAUAUACAGGAGACAGUGCUUCCCUUCAGUUACUCUGGUGGCAAUUUAGGACCUGAAGAAAGUCAGAACAAUUUUUCAGUUGAAGAAUCCGAAGGGCCUUCGGAGAACUGUGAUUCAAGGGGUUCUGUUGUCCAAUCUGAGGUUUUGAAGAAUGGCAUACAUGAUAUUCAUGUUGAAAAUUCAAUUGCUGAUAGAGUAAAAGAUGCAAGUGUGAAGAUUGCCUCUGCUGGUGUGGUGCUUGGAGUGAUAACAUUGGCGGGUUUGAAGUUUUUGCCAGCCAAGAGCAGCUCAUCUGUUCCACUGAAUGACAUGGGUUCUGCUAUGGCUUCUGACAUUGGCGCCACAGGGACAGCAGUAGCUGAAGAUUCAGAAGCAUUUCCCAGAAUGAAUGCGAGGACUGCAGAGAAUCUUGUCCGAACAUGGCAGAACAUCAAGUCUCAGGCAUUUGGGCAAGCCCACCGCAUUGAUAUGUUGCCCGAGGUUUUGGAUGGUCGGAUGCUGAAGAUAUGGACAGACAGAGCAGCCGAAACCUCACAGCUCGGUUUGGUCUACGAUUAUACGCUCAUGAAAUUUUCCAUAGACAGUGUCACUGUCUCAGCAGACGGAAACAGGGCUUUGGUGGAAGCGACUCUGGAAGAGUCAGCUCGUCUAACCGACUUGGUUCAUCCCGAAAACAAUGCCACAGAUGUCAGAACCUACACGACGAGAUACGAAGCGACGAGGUCCAAGUCUGGUUGGAAAAUCACCCAAGGAUCCGUUCUUACCACUUGAUGAUUUGCGGAUUAGUAAGUCCAGAGGAUUUCAUGUGAACAGUCCUCGUUGAUAAGGUGAGACCGAACAUUUCCUUUGGGGUCUGGUUUGGCUCCACGAAUCCAACGAGAU